CGAUCGUCGGGCGGCAGCCCCUCGCUAUUUAACGAGGGUAGGGUUAAGACCUCUUACCUUAUACGCAACCUUCCAUUCUUCUCUCGUCUUUCGAGUUUUUUGCGCACCGAUUUCUAGGGUUUUGCGAGUGGGGAAGCCCGAUCUCCGCCAGGCCUAACUGAUAAGAAAGCAAGCGUUGUUUGUUUGUUCUCUUCAACUCGCUACAGUCAAGUGUUCAUGUCUGAUCUCAACGCCCAGCUCCCUACCACAUUUGAUCCUUUUGCUGAAGCAAAUGCUGAGGACUCUGGUGCUGGUGCAAAGGAGUAUGUCCAUGUGCGCACACAGCAGCGGAAUGGCAGGAAGAGUCUGACCACUGUGCAGGGAUUGAAAAAAGAAUUCAGCUAUAACAAGAUUUUGAAGGAUCUCAAGAAGGAGUUCUGCUGCAAUGGUACUGUUGUCCAGGACCCUGAGCUGGGCCAGGUUAUUCAGCUUCAAGGUGAUCAGCGUAAGAAUGUUGCUACUUUUCUAGUUCAGGCUGGCAUUGUUAAGAAGGAACAGAUCAAGAUUCAUGGUUUCUGAGUAACUACAUAUUGAGAAGAAACCGGCCUGUAGGUUUUACAGACUGUAAUGAUAUUGUGAAGCUAGUAGAGUUGAUAAUAUUAUUUAUAUGUCUGUUUCUGGAUUGAGGUUUUAGUGGAUCCGUUGGCGAGAUGACUAACAUCUGUGUCCUUAUCUGUAAUAAGAGAAUAUUACCUUUCCUAGCUUUUGCUUCAACUUUCAAUUGCUCAUUUACAUGUUCAGGUUUUAUUGAUGUUUCAA